GCAGACUAUUUAAGGAUGAGUGUUUAGAUUCGUGGUGGCGCUCUAGAAGAGUGGAGCUGCUCCAGUAGUGAGGGUAUAAAUACAGAUUUCUCUUAUCGACAAAUUGUAUAUGUGUUAGUCCCUCACGAGCAUCAUCAUGAAGUUUUUGAUCCUUUCGGCGGUCCUGGCCGGAGCCUGCCUUGCUCAAGGUCCCCAAAGGCGCCAAGAGCAGUACGACAACGACCAGCAGCAAUAUCAAGAGCCACAAAAACCACAAUACAAUCAACAGUAUCAAGAACAACGGCCCAGAUCGCACGAAUCCACAACCUUCAUCCCCAUUAUCAGAUUCGAUAAAGAACAGGGCAAUGAUGGAAGUUACAAAGCGGCUUGGGAAACUGGGAAUAAUAUUAUUGCCCAAGAAGAAGGCUACGUUAAGGACUUGGGACCCGAUCCAGACGUCGAGGGCCAACACUUGAACGCUCAAGUGCAGCAAGGAUCCUACACUUAUACGUCUCCUGAAGGACAAGUAAUAACUGUCAAUUACAUUGCUGACGAGAAAGGUUUCCAUCCUUCAGGAGAUCAUUUGCCCACUCCGCCACCAGUGAGUCCCGAAGUGCAAAAGGGACUAGAUUUGAUUUUUGCAGGAAUAAAGGCACAACAAGAGGCUGAAGAAAGAGAGACGCGUCAAGGACCUCAAGGACAAAGGAACAAUCCUCCACCACAAGAUUACAACGGACAAUACCGUCAGCAAUAAUUUAGGAGAAUUCUGUGAUUUACAUGUUCAUAAGUACUUUAUAUAGACUGAAUUGUUUCGCUCAUCUACUUCACAUGUUCUUGAACUAGACUAAAAGUUCUUAGAUAAUAAAGUUUUAUGAUAUUUUUUCAUA